AUGGCCAGCGAAAAGGCGUUCCGAUUAGCAGUAGGAAGUUUUAUCGAAGAAUAUUCUAAUAAGCUUGAAAUAAUUUCACUGGCUGAGCCUAGUACUUACGAUGAUGAUGGUUAUUAUCAUCGUUCGAAUAUAGAUUUUGUUAAAAUAGCAGAAGCAGAUCAUCAUUAUCCCAUAACAAAAGUAUUAUGGGAACCAUAUAAAGGUGGAUCAAAGACGUCAGAUUUGUUAGCAACUACUGGUGAUUAUUUAAAAUUGUGGGAAAUCAACAAAAAGGUAGACUUCAAAGCGCCACUAACAUCUUUUGAUUGGAAUCAACUGGACUCCAGUUUAGCAGUUACGUCUAGUAUAGAUACAACAUGUACUGUAUGGAAUGUUGAAACAGGUCAAGCAAAAACACAAUUGAUAGCUCAUGAUAAAGAAGUUUACGACGUUGCUUUCUUUACAAACGAAGUUGACACUUUUGCUAGCGUUGGUGCCGAUGGAAGUGUAAGGUUAUUUGAUCUAAGAUCAUUGGAACAUUCUACAAUUCUUUAUGAAACGCCACCACCCCAACCCUCAAAAACUGGAUCUUCCUCAAACUCCUCAAACCAACAAUCUCCACUACUUCGUUUAUCUUUUAAUAAAAUAUCACCAUAUUAUAUAGCCACUUUUCACAUGAAUUCUACCGAGGUUAUAAUAUUGGAUAUUAGAGCUCCUGGGUUGCCGGUGGCCGAACUAAAUGGACAUAAUGCACCUGUGAAUUGUGUUAACUGGUCACCAAAUUCAUCAAAUAUUUUGUGUAGUGGUGGCGAUGAUUGUAAUGCCAUUGUAUGGGAUCUUGGCGACUUGUCAACACCUAAUUCUACCAUAUCCAAAUACAACCAGGAUCCAUUAUUGGCCUAUAGAGCAACAAGCGAAGUCAACCAAUUGAGCUGGAAUACAAAAUACCCUGAAUGGGGUAAACUUAUGGUGACAACAAGUUGUGAUACUACUAUGUAUGAUUGUACUGCUAAAUAUGAUAAAUCUAUUGACUUGUGGACAUUUUUGAUAAAAUUAUAUAAUCAUAAUAGGGAUUAA